UGCUUAGUUAGCUGAAAAGAGCAAAAGGAAGAAACGAACAAACAUAAAAAAUUAAAAAGUAAAAAAAAUUAGAAAAAUAUGUGCGGAAUAUUUGCAAUAUUUUCAUGCGAUGGCAAAUGCAUUGAAACGCGUUUACAUCAGGGCAGCAAGUACACUCUACGUGAAUUGGCCUAUCGUCAGAGUGGACGCCAGCGGCAUCGUGGACCCGAUUCGACCGGCGUUAAAAUCAUUGCAGAAGAUGGCGUGGCCAUGGUACACGAACGCCUUCGUAUUGUGGGCGUAAAAGAUGGCGAUCAGCCCUUUGUGUCCGACGAUGGCAACAUUGUUCUGGUGGCCAAUGGAGAGAUCUACAACUAUUUGGAAUUGUCUGCAGAAAUAGCCAAACGUCGACCAUAUAAACCGAAAAGCGAUUGCCACAUCAUUCUCGAGUUGUAUCAGGAAUAUGGUAUUGAUUUGUUGAAACAUAUAACUGGAAUGUUUGCUUUUGCUCUCUAUGAUAAGCGAACACAGGAUAUUCUGAUUGCCCGGGAUCCGUUUGGCAUUAUACCCAUGUACACUGGUCGUGAUUUACAGGGUAAUCUUUGGGUUGCAUCCGAAAUGAAAUGCCUUGUGGAAUGUUGUAAGAGUGUUGAAUCAUUUCCACCGGGCAAAGCACAAUACGGUCCUGUACAGGAAUUAAAGACCUGGAAAUACUUUGAUCAACCAUGGCAACAUGAAAUACCCACAAGAAAAUGUGAUUUAACUGCAUUGCGCUCUCAAUUGGAAUCGGCAGUGAGAACUCAUCUUCACUGCGAUGUCCAUUUGGGUGCUUUACUCUCUGGUGGCGUUGAUUCCAGUUUGAUUGCCUCGAUAGCAACCAAAAUAAUGCGAGAGUCUGAUCCCACAUAUCGCCUAAAGACAUUCAGUGUGGGUCUACGUGGUGCUCCCGAUUUUGAGGCUGCUCGCAAAGUUGCCAAAUCUAUUGACAGCGAUCAUAAGGAAUUGAUAUUUGAAAUCGAAGAGGCUUUGGAUGGCAUUCGGGAUAUUGUGUAUCACUUGGAGACGUAUGAUGUAACAACUGUUCGCUGUAGUUUACCCAUGUUGUUCCUUGCACGUUAUAUCAAAAGUACGGGCAUUAAGAUGAUUCUAUCUGGUGAAGGAGCCGAUGAGAUAUUUGGUGGUUAUCUCUAUUUCCACAAAGCUCCCUCUAAAGAGGAAUUCCAUUGGGAGUUGGUAAAACGUGUCCAUCAACUACAUAACUCCGAUUGUCUGCGGGCCAAUAAGGUGGCCAUGGCCAAGGGUAUCGAAUUGCGUGUACCAUUCCUGGACACGGCUUUUGUCAAUGAGGUUAUGUCCAUAAGACCCGAGGAUAAGAUACCCGGCAAACUAAAUGAAUUCUGCGGUAGUAAAACUUUGCCAAACAAACAAUUGGAGAAAUAUGUGCUACGUGCCGCUUUUGCCGACGACUAUCUACCAUCGGAUGUUCUAUGGCGUCAAAAGGAGCAGUUUUCUGAUGGCGUUGGCUAUGAAUGGAUCGAUACCAUACGCCAAGUGGCCACCGAUCAUGUCACCGAUGAAGAGUUCGCACAAGCAGCCCAAAAGUUUCCCUACAAUACCCCAACAACGAAGGAAGCCUACUAUUAUCGCGAAAUCUUUGAGCAUCAGUUUCCAGGCGAAUCUCCUGCCAAGACUGUGGUCAAAUGGGUGCCUCGUCUCGAUUGGGGCUGUCCAGAGGAUCCCUCAGGCAGGGCUCAGGCUGUCCAUCAAAUCAAUAAAGACUGACUUGCUUAGCAAAAUAACAAUAAGUCUCUAUAUUCUAUAUUCACAUUCAUGUGUGUGUAUGCAAAUUCCUACAUAUAUUAAAGAAGAAAUAUA